AUGAAACAUAAUAGAACAAUUUUAAAGGACGCAAAAAUAACUAAAAAAAAAAAAAGAAGCUGGAACAUUCGUGAGAAGUUGGUGAUUGUUACAUACCUAGAAAGGAAUCCUGCAGCUAGUAAACAGAACACUGCAGAGCAGUUUGACAUAAGUCCAAAACAAUUGCGUAAAUGGAUCAAGAAAAAAAAAGAACUAAAAAAUGCUCCACCUUAUGUUAGACAUCUAAAUAUUGGUGCAUGCCCAACAUAUCCACUUUUAGAAUCUGAUCUUAUGUCUUGGAUUAAAUCUUUACGCUCAAAACAAAAAGCUGUAACUUUGCAUAUGAUUAGAACUAAAGCCAAACAACUUGCCAAACAAUCUCAUUUUAUCUCAGUUUACCCAAGAAUUAAUAAAUGCAAAUGGAACCAAGUUGAUCCUGCCUAUAUUAGACGGUCUUUCAAGUGUUGUGGCAUCUCUAUUGCUCAAGACAGAUCUGAACAAGAUAUGAUGUUUGACUAUGAGUGGACAAAGAAUCCGGAGCUUGAUAAAGAGUUAGUAAAGGAGAUUCGGAGAUUAAUGUUCUGGGUGAAAGGUCUUAAAGUAGAUGUAGACACAAGGGGAAGUUUACUUGGUGCUGAAGAGAAAUGA